AUGGAAGAACCGACAGGCGACGCAUCUGCUUUUAAUGGCCGAGAUGUGACCGACCUUUCUCCCCCUCUUAAGGUUGGCGUUGACAUCAUUAUCGCCCAUGUCCAUUCUCACAUUACCCAACCAGCAACCAUGUCCAAGCUCUCUAUCGGCAGCACGCUCACGCUCAACAGCGGGUACAAGAUGCCCCUCCUGGGCUUGGGCGUGUACCAGGCGCGCGGGGACGAGUGCCGCGACGCCGUGUCCACUGCGCUGAGGCUGGGUUACAGGAUGAGCAUACCACAACGAGGACAGGCUCUCUCCGGAUCUGGCUUGCAGCGCGACGCCGUCUUCGUAACUACAAAGUUCAUGCCCGGCCACGAUGUCCCCAAGUCCGACGAUGUAUACGCUCAGCUAAGGCGCUCUCUCCCCAGGCUGCAGCCCGAGACUCCGCAAGACGAAGCAUACAUCGAUCUGAUGCUCAUUCACGCACCGCGACCUAACGCCGAAGCCCGCACUGCCGAGUGGGCCGCUCUCGCGAAGGGUGCAAAGGAGGGCUGGCUCCGCUCCAUCGGUGUCAGCAACUUUGGCGUUGCGCACCUGAAGGCUCUCCCCGGUCCUGUGCCGGCCGUGAACCAGAUCGAGCUGCACCCGUGGUGCCAGCAGCGAGACAUUGUCGCCUAUUGCAAGGAGAAGGGCAUCGCCGUGCAGGCCUACUGCCCCCUCGUCCGCGCGCAGAGGGCUGAGGAUCCCGUCCUGACCCGCAUCGCUAAGAAGUACGGCAAGACCUGGGCGCAGAUCCUUAUUCGCUGGAGCCUGCAGAAGGGAUACUCUCCCCAGGUCAAGAGCGUCAAUGAGUGGAGGAUCCAGGAGAAUGCGGAGGUGUACGACUUUGAGCUUGCCGACGAGGAUAUGGCCGAGCUCGAUGACUGCGACAUGGGCGCCGAGGGGGCGUGCUCAUGGAACCCGGUCGACACGCCGUAG